UCUCUUCUCCACUUCCCCCUAUCUCACCUUGCUCGGAAAGAAGUCGACGUGCUAAUGGCGGCGGCGGCGGCGGACUUCGCGCAGAGCAAGCAGGCCAUGUCCUACGCGCUCUGCAAGCACCUCGAUCGCGAUCCGAAUAGCAUAUCCAGUACACUUAUCAAGGAGAGUGAUAUUGCGACUCUAUUCUCACAUAUUGUGAACAAUCCGCAAGAUGAGGUAAAGAAGUGGGUUGAAUUCUCCAGCAAUUUUGCUUCAAGUGAUGGAGAACAGCAUGCGUUACUUGGCAAUUUGAAUCACCAUUUGUCUCAGAUGUCAGUACUAUUAGCCAGUGGUUUUGUACCAUCAGUUGCGGACAUUGUUGUGUUUGCAACUGUGCAGGUUUUCAUGUGUCAUCUUAGUGACAGUGAGUUGCAGAAAUAUCCAAAUAUAUCGCGGUGGAUGGACUAUAUUCAGAAUGUCGUUGAUUUUGGUACAUCACUGCAAAAGAUAAACGUGGCCAAAUCUGUCUUCAGUCCACCUCCACCUUCUCUUCCAAAGAAAGCUGAUAAAGGAGAUGCUGAUCCAACUUCGAAGAAAGCUGUUUCAGGACAGAAGAUUGCGGAUAAAUCUGAUGGAACUGCUGACUCCAAAAAGGCUGCAGGGGAGAAUAAGGUUCCUGGGGAUAAGGCAAUUCCUACUUCUGCCAAAAACGACAAGACUUCUGGGGAUAAAAAGAAGACCCCAGGGAAAAAAACAGAGGCAGCUGCAGAGAAAGCUCCGCAGAAAAGUGCAGAAAAGGAGUCUGAGUGCAAUGUUAGUAUCCUGAAUAUACAGGUUGGCAUUAUUCUCAAAGCCUGGAAGCACCCAUCAGCUGACAGUCUUCUAGUGGAGGAGAUCGAUUUGGGAGCUGGCAAUGUGCGUCAAGUUGUUAGUGGUCUUGCUAAGUUCUUCAGCCCAGAGGAACUCGUGAAUCGCCGUGUUGUCUUGAUCACGAAUGUGAAGCCCGGGAAGCUGCGGGAUGUAAUGUCUGCAGGACUGGUCUUGUGUGCUUCAAAUAGCGAUCAUACAGUUGUGGAGCCUUUGAUUCCUCCAGAAGGAGCUAAGCUUGGAGAACGCAUUUCUUUUGCUGGGUUCGAUGGAAAGCCGGAAGAUGUUCUAAAUCCAAAGAAAAAACAGUUGGACAAAAUAACACCACAUCUCCGGACCGACGAGAAUGGAAUUGCAACAUUCCGAGGGGUCCCUUUCACUACAUCAGCUGGCCCAUGUAGAUCUUCAGUUCCGAAUGCUGAUGUUAAGUGAGCGGCUCAUGAAACAUGCUGAUUUCAAACAUUGAUGUGCACAUGCGGAUGUACCAUUUUGUCUUAAUGCCCAUAUCAAAUGCUACCAGAUGUCAACAGAGUUGUCAGUUCAUCGAAUUUUAACAUCUGAAAACAAGUUCAAUUUUUCUA